AUGGCUUUCGAACGUCUGGCCCGGUUCUACCGGUCAUGUCUACUCCAGAUUAUCCUUGUCGGAUUAGUUGCCUUCUGCGAGCCCGGGAUUUGGACUGCUCUCAAUAACCUUGGAGCUGGAGGAAAUGCCAAGCCUUACCUGAACAAUGCCGCCAAUGCCUUGACAUAUGGACUCAUGUCGGUAGGCUGUUUCCUUGCCGGUGGUGUCACCAAUAAGAUUACUGCCAAAUGGACCUUGUUCAUCGGUGCCGCAUUCUACACUCCCUAUGCGGCUGGUCUGUACUGCAACAAUCGUUACGGUAACGAAUGGUUCCUCUUGCUUGGGGCCGCUCUCUGUGGAAUUGGAGCGUCUCUUCUAUGGGCUAGUGAGGCUGCCAUUGCAGUUGGAUAUCCGGAGGAGGAGAAAAGAGGACGCUACGUUGCAAUCUGGAUGAGUAUCCGGCAGUUAGGACCACUUGUUGGCGGUGCCAUAUCCCUCGCUCUCAAUAUCAACGCUUCGCAUGUUGGCAAGGUUACCUACACAACAUACCUAGGGCUUGUUGCCAUCUCAUCCCUCGGAGCUCCAUUUGCGUUGCUGCUAUCACAGCCGCAAGAUGUUAUCCGAAGCAAUGGCACCAAGAUCCCUUAUAUGAAGAAAACCAGUCUCUCUGUCGAGGCUCGCGCUAUCUGGAAGCAACUUCGCAAUAAGUACAUGCUGUUACUCAUCCCGGUCUUCCUUGCGGGACAGUUUGGUGCAACUUACCAGGGAAACUACUUGACAACUUAUUUCACCGUCCGCUCCAGGGCCCUUGCAUCUUUCCUAACCGCCGUGGUCGGCGCCGCCGCUAAUAUCACGACGGGCCUAUUCCUAGAUCUGAAAUUUUUGUCUCGAGGAACGAGGUCUAAAAUUGUGUACAUCUUCGUCCUUGUCUUUGUCACAGGGUCUUGGACAUGGAACGCCAUCGUCGAGACGAAACUCUCCCGCAUGGCCGAGCCACCCGCCUUCGACUUGGGCGAUGGUCCCUUCUUCAACUCGGCGUUCACUGUCUAUAUCUUCUUCCGGUUCUUCUAUGAAGUGCUGCAAACCUAUAUCUAUUGGUUGAUGGCCGAGAUUAAGGGAGCACAGGGAGAUGGCGAUAUCGCCAGAACAACGGGUAUCCUGAGAUCGUGGGAGUCCAUCGGCAGUACGAUUGCUUAUGCGGUCGGCGCAACUCAUUGGCCCAACUUGAACCAGAUGUCACUGGGCUUUGCACUAUGGGGUGCUACGAUCCCAUUCACACUUCUUGCGGUGUUCGGCAAUUGGAAUGUUGCUGAGACACCCGGGGUGGAGGAGGAGGAACAAACAGACAGUAGUAGCUUGGAGGCACAGAGGGUGGUCGUCAAUUCCGACGGGAAAGAUUAG